AUGUUUGCAAUAUCAAUAGUACUGUGUCCUAUUUUCUAUCUACCCAUGAUAGGAUAUCAAUCAAAUGGUAUAAUUCGUUUUAUCCCACUGAAUUUAGCUUUCCCUGCUAUUCUUACUGUUUAUUGUCUUUUAGGUUAA